AUGCAACCCGAUGUUCCACUUGUUUUUUUAUUGAAUAUACUUAAAAAAGAGAUACACCCAUACAAUCCUGUAGAGAAAGGAGAACCAGAUAAAAAUGACGACGAUGGCCACGAACUGGAGAGGCAGAACAAAAUCACCAAGCAGAUCCUGGAAGCCUUCAUACAGAAGAAGUUAGGUCUGGCGAGUAAUAACUACAGGGCGCCGUCGAUAUUUGACAUACUACCUGGAAAGACGUCGGAGGAGAGACCAACACGACAAUCAACGAACGAACGACUCCGGCAGUCAGAGCCGGAAGGUUUACCAGUUAAUGGAGAAUCUGUUAGUGAAGAUGAAGAAGUAAAUGCAAAUGAAGAGAGAGCAUAUCAAGAUGGAUUGGAAUAUGUAGAUAUUGAUGCGUUGCAGAGCGUGGAAAGCGAGCAAAUUGACUCAAUAUAUUCAGAAGGUAACUAA